AAGCAAAAGCCAUUGUCGCGAACGACGUGCAAACCUUUCGGCCAACAAACCCGAAGAGGCGGUUCAACUUCGCCUUCAAAGUCAACCCCAGAGUUCCUCGCCUCCGACUAAAGUACCAACAUCCGCCAUGUCUUCCGAGAAGACGAAAGAGUCGGCUCCAAAGACAGACGAGCGUCCCACAGAGACGCCACCGGCCUCGACCCUUUCCUCCUUCCCCUCACGCAGCCGUCUCAAGGGCCCUUCGACGCCUCCAAACACCUCGCCCGCUCCGUCAAUAGCCCCUCCGCGCUCCAAAGUCAAUGCCUCCUCAUCCGGCGAACAAACCGAAAUGCCAGGGGAGCCGGUUCGCAAACCGUCAUCGAACAUCAGUCCGAAGGAUGUGAGUAAGUGGAUGAAGACGGGUUCUUUUGGGAACGCACGCCGAGAAAGCAUUCAAGAGGAGGAUGAGGAAGAUUGCAAUGGAGAUGAGAAGGAGGACAAUGGAAACCUGAUGAAUGGACAUGAGCCGUGCUUCAACUGCGGCGGGAAGGUGGUUUGGGCGGCGGCUGGCAAUUUUUCCCUGAUUUGCCAGAAUUGUCAAAAGCCGCAGUAAUGGCGCUGGAGAAUCGCGACGAGACGUCGACCGAGGAAAAGAACCUACAAGUGAAGAGAGCAGCGACUCUUAAUAAAUAUACAACGCUAAGGAGUAAACUC